AUGUCUGUGGCAGCGAUUCUCUUCGCAUGUGCCUUGCUACCAUGGAUAACGACGUCGAUGCGGGCGGACUACUUGGCCCAGCUGCGCCAGGACACGGUCGACACAUUCUAUCACGGCUUUAGCAACUACAUGAAACAUGCGUUCCCAGAAGAUGAGCUGCGGCCACUGACCUGUGGUGCGUUAACUCGAGCCCCCGACGACCCGAACCGAACAGAAUUAAACGACGCUCUGGGCAACUACUCUCUCACCCUGAUCGACAGCUUGUCAACGCUCGCCAUAUUAGCAGGCGGCCCGCAAGACGGCUCCUACACAGGGCCUCAAGCCCUGAGCGAUUUUCAAGACGGAGUUGCCCAGCUCGUCCGUCUCUAUGGGGAUGGUCGGCUCGGUCCAUCGGGUGAGGGUGCGCGCGCUCGCGGCUUCGACCUCGACAGUAAAGUUCAAGUGUUUGAAACGGUGAUAAGAGGGCUGGGCGGUCUUCUGAGCGCUCAUUUGUUUGCUAUUGGAGAGUUGCCCAUGACAGGGUACAAUCCAAAGCCCGCAGAAACGUCGUUGAACGAGGAUCCAUUGGAACUCUGGCCGAUUCCCUGGCCAAACGGACUGAAAUACGAUGGACAGCUGCUCAGGCUUGCUCUCGAUCUUGCCGAGAGACUGUUGCCAGCAUUCUACACCCAGACUGGGAUCCCGUAUCCCAGGGUGAAUCUCCGCACCGGGAUUCCCUUUUACGCCAAUUCUCCUCUGCACCGGGGGGCGGACAAGACCGAGCAAGGGCCGCGGCAGUUGGAGGUCACAGAAACUUGCAGCGCAGGCGCAGGCAGUUUGACCUUGGAGUUUACGGUUCUGAGUCGGCUGACGGGCGAUCCGAGAUUCGAGAACGCAGCCAAGCGGGCCUUUUGGGAAGUGUGGCGGCGACGGAGCGAAAUUGGGCUGAUUGGUAACGGGAUUGACGCGGAGCGCGGCCUCUGGACGGGUCCUCAUUCAGGCAUUGGUGCGGGCAUGGACAGUUUUUUUGAAUAUGCUUUCAAGAGUCACAUUCUUCUUUCAGGGCGAGAGAUGCCUAACGCGACAAGAUCUCAAAGACAAAGCACGACGGCCUGGCUGGAUCCGAAUGCUUUGCAUGAACCAUUGCCGUACGAGAUGCACUCGUCUGAUGCCUUUCUCCAGGCCUGGCAUGAAGCACACGCAUCUGUCAAGCGGCACAUCUACACGGACAGGAACCACUUCCCCUACUAUUCCAACUCUCAUCGAGUGACGGGCCAGCCCUACACUAUGUGGAUUGAUAGCUUGGGCGCCUUCUACCCCGGUCUUUUGGCUCUGGCUGGCGAAGUGGAUGAGGCUAUUGAAGCGAACCUCCUGUACACGGCACUGUGGACGAGAUACUCGGCGUUGCCCGAGCGUUGGUCAAUCCGCGAAAACAAUGUCGAGCCUGGUAUUGGCUGGUGGCCUGGUCGACCUGAGUUCAUAGAAUCGACCUACCACAUCUAUCGUGCGACCAAGGACCCAUGGUAUCUUCACGUUGGCGAAAUGGUCCUCAAGGAUAUCCGGCGUCGCUGUUACGCACCCUGCGGCUGGGCAGGGCUGCAAGAUGUCCGGACGGGAGAGAAGCAAAACCGGAUGGAGAGCUUCUUCCUCGGCGAGACAACCAAAUACAUGUAUCUCCUGUUCGACCCAGAUCAUCCUCUCAACAAGCUAGACGCCGCCUACGUCUUUACCACCGAGGGCCAUCCUCUCGUCAUACCGAGGGGCAAGAAUGGCGAGCUCGUCCGUGACAAGCGUCGUGCCAGCAAUCUCAAGGACGCACUUGUGCCCAGCUACCACGACGAGAGCUUUACCAAUACGUGUCCAGCCCCUCCGCCCGUACAAAACCCGUUGACAGGGUCCUCCACUGCCUCCAGGCCCGACUUGUUCAGCGUAUCCCGCUUCACGGACCUCUACAACACACCAAACCUCCAAGGUCCCGUCGAACAAGUCCUCGUAAAUGACCCAAAAAGAGGUCUGGUCACAAAAUAUCGCGCCACGUCCAACCACACCAUCUUCCCCUGGACGCUCCCUCCCACUUUGCUCCCGGCAAACGGGACCUGCGUCGCUCCCCCCCAACGAGUGGUUUCAGCCAUUGAAUUCCCAACCACCGACGCGGCAAGCUCGUUGAUUUCGAGGCUUGGUGUGUCCAUUGCAUGGUACAGCUACCUCGGCCCCACGGUCACGAAUCUCGAGGGCCUCCGGUUACAACUGGAACGAGAAUUCAGCGACGUCCGGGGUGAAAACGUCUGGAAGAUAACCCACGUGGGCAACACACAGCUCGGUCGUCACGAAACGGUCUUCUUCCACGGGGAGCAUGUCCGACUUUUCAAGGACGAAGCAUUUACAUGCUUGCGGCACAAGGACUCCGUCAACAUACAGGUCCUUGUUGAAGCGCCGCGUCACCCAACACAUGCAGCCCCCGAAAACACCAGUCCGCCAUCAUCACCCUCCUCCUCCUCCGCCAUCCCGCAUACCGGUGUCGAUACUGGGCCAGACGGCGCCGAGUCAGGCGUCAUGCCAUCCCAUUCUCUUUUCAAGCACCUCUUCCAGGCAGUAACUUCUGUCUUCGACCCCUUGGAGACUGCCGCCUCCGGAUCUGAGACGAGCGGCUCCGUCUCCGCUUCCUUGUACACUUGGCAAGCAUUCACCUCCGUCGGUGCUGGAUCGUAUCCCGUACCCGCCAUCCUCGACACCCCGGUGCCCGGUUGUCCGACCUACAACUCUGACGACCCCAUGGCGAACUUCCCCUGGAAAGCAAUCUACGUUGCCGACGAGGCCUGCUCGGGCGCACUUCCGGAAUCCGCGCCCAGAGAUCACCAGGUCAUCGUCAUCAGGCGAGGCGGGUGCUCCUUCAGCGACAAGGUCGCAAACGUUCCUGCGUUUGCGCCAAGCCGAGACUCGCUACAGCUGGUCAUCGUGGUGGACGAGGCCGACGAGCACGGCCAGCACAGAGACGAGCUGCCCAGGCCGUUGAUGGUGGCGGAGCAACUCACGCCGGACGGGAUCAAGAGACUACACGGGGUUCCGUUGGUGCUGAUGCGUGUCGGAAGAGGGGAGUACGCUCUGUUCGACAGGGUGCUCGCGGUCGGCAUGCGGAGGAAGUACGCCGUUGUCAGCCAGGGACUCAUCAUCGACAAUGCGGCCGUGUUGUAG